AACCAUUUUGGCUCCCCUUGCGCUUAGAGAUACAAGGGUACUUAUAUCGAAACCAAACGCUCUACAGGUACGCACAACUAUACUGUAGCGACCCUCGGCAAACGCGGUUAGAGAUAGAGGAGAGUGACAGAAUGAACGCCAUGCCCAUAUGAACAUUCUCACCUACUGCUUGUAUCCUUUGCAUAUUUUUACGUGCAAUUCUCUACCAUCCAUGACUCUAUGACAUUAUUAGAAGGCCAUGCUCGUUCAUGACGGGUUCAUGGCUCAAGACGCGUCCUUGCAGUGCUACGAAACGCGUCCGAAAAGUGGUGUUCUGACGCCUGCAUCCGAUGGCUCCUCCUCCCACAACGGAUCCCAGGUUAUCUCCCGAAAACGAAAGAGAGGCCCUGUUGAGAACGGGGGAGGCUUGGAGGAGCUACUCUCUGAGAGGUUUACGGUGAAGCCGCACCCAUCCUCAGUUCACGACCGACCCCGCUCCUUCAAACCCAUUGCGCUCCUUUCUCGAUCCGACUUCCCGCUCUCAUACCUUGACCGAUCCAGGCCAGCGCCAUCUGCAUUGCCCGACUCACGGUUAUAUGAGUCGCAUGUAAAGAUAUUGGAACUGGAACAACGUAUGGGCAAUACUCCAGUGGUUCUCAUUGCCCAAUUGGACGAUAACAAGGCUCUUUACGCUGUGGAAUACGAAUCGAAGGGGCUAUACGUCCUUUUUAAAUUGGGCUCAUGGGUUGAUCUAGGCAAGCUAUGCAGUGUCGCCGUGGUGUCCAGGCGGCCUUAUACAAAAUCACACAAACUUAAUAACCCACAGGAUGUGGCUGGCCGUGGAGCCUCUGCCAAUAACGCCUUAUCUCCGGCCGAGAGUGAUAAAUAUAGCAAGAAAAAGAGGCUGGCAAUCGAAGCAAUCCAGUCCAUGGUGAAGAGGCCGUCUACCAGCCAAUCUCUGAACAUCGAGGAGACAGCAUCUACAUCUAUGGAGCCCCCGAGCACCGCAUUACCUUUGGAACCCAUUCAAAAUGCCCAACCCGACCCAGUUGCAUCCGUACAACUGUUGCAAGAUGCUGCUUUGGAGGAACCACGGGCAGAAGACAUGCUGGACGGCGUUCGGUCGCAGUAUUUGGAUACUCUGUACCUAUCAAAAGUCUCAACGGCAUACUUCGCGAAAGGCCCUCUCUCUCGUGCUAGAGCUGCUUUCCAUUUGGACUUGGAUUCCACGCUUCAUAUGAAAGAUCUCACUCAGUUCCUCGAUAGCCUUGUUCUCCCCACCAACAUACUGGAUAAAAAAUAUAAAGAUGGCCUCCAGGAAUUUGUUUCCACACUGGAUCCAGGGAUUGAUAGCGAUCUAGAUGCGCAUAUGAAGACUCGCCCCAGAAAACGAAAGAUCAAGAAAGUUAAACUGGGUAAAAAUGGGCUUUACAAUACCGAGGAUAGCUUCAUCAAGUCCUGGUGGGAAAACCAUGAUGCCGAUGCGGAGGUCCCUGGAGCAGCUAGAGAAGACACCACCAGAAGUAGGAUCUCUAAGUUGCGUGUUCGCGAGAUCCUGCUCCAAAUAAUUCUUAUUCUAGAGACACUAGCACUCCAGAAGCUAUGUCCUCCCCCCGAUCCUAACGACGACCUCCCACUUCCAGCUGUGGCGGAAGCCACUCCAGGUGACAAGGCCGUCCGAAGUAAGGCUAAGAAACCUCGGGAUUUGCCUGCACUGGUUGCUGUUCACCUUGAUAGACUUAGCAUCUGGUCAUUAUCAGCUGGGGAAGGGACGUCAACAUCCAAAACAGGAACAACGAGCAACGCUCCAAAUUUAACUACGACUGGUGGUAGUGAUGCUACUGAUAUCUUACGAAAUUUUUGCUUGGAGGUUGUGGUGCCUUUCUUCUCAGCACGAUUACCGUCGCUUUGCGACACUAUUUGCCGCAAGUUGGGUGGCCCUAGAGUUUCCUCGCCAGCUCGGCCUCCGCUGAGGAAGUCGUCAAGCAUGUCAGCAACUGCACCUUCGCGCCCAAGCGCAAUAAGCAAAAAGAGCGCCUCGAGCGAAAGUCGUCGAAGUUUGCAGCGGGCGUUAACAGAUGAGAAACUUCAGGCCCGCUCAAAAUCUCGACGCCCGUCUGUAGCGGUAUCUUUGUUACGGUCUGCAACUGCCCCGAUACUUCCUCCUACUCGUAAACGAGAAGGUAGUGAGGCCACUUCCUUAUCAAGUAUUCCGACAAUGAACUCUCAGUCUCAGCAUGCCAGUCGCACAGCUGCACAUAAGGCCAGGAAGCCCUCCCAAACAGAGAAUGGCAUGAGCGUCGGCGCCCUUCCUGAUCGCAACUCAAAGAAGGCCAACAUUGAAGCAGAACUAAAGUAUGCCAUAUCUGCAUUAAAGAAGCCCAACAGACAAUUUGCGGGCCAAACGACGGUUGAUUUAGCGGAGAAGAGAGCUCUAGCUAGCGCGUCGCAGUCUAGAAAGGCCAAGAAGCCUACUCGAAACCCAGGUUUCCAAAAUUUGCGGCCUACCGGCGUGCAAAUUCUUGCAACGCCAAAGAAGCCUCGCAAUCAGGAUAUGAAUAUAGGACCUGGAUCUCAGUUGUUUUCCCAGCAUCAAGCAGAGCCUGAAUUGGAACCAAGCUUUGUGCCUCCGUCGAGCAUUUCUAGAGUUCCAAGUUCGGGAUACCGCCUAGCCAUACCCGACUCUAGCCCGCCUCUCUAUAGGACUGCAGUUGUGUUAAGGGAACAAUAUCAGUCAUCAGUGGCGAAUGCCACGCCAACUCGAAGCGCUCGACAGACGAAACUAGACUAUAACACAUCUGUGGUAGAUACUACUCCUGUGCGAGCCACUUCUGCAUAUUAUGGGAACUUAGGAGCUACAAAUCAAGCCGGUGUAGUUGCGGAUACACCAGUACGGACAAGCAGGGCAGCAUCCGACAACUCCAAAAACCCCUUUGCGGCGCCGAAGCCGCGGCGUGACUUAGAGAUCCCGCCCUCCCCUUCUCCACCACGGGCCCCACGGAGUUCGACAAUUGAUGGUUUCCUGCGUGUGCCAACGGAGCCAUACAGUGAGAACAUCUCUGAGACACCCAGGAAGAGCGCACCUAUCCUAUGCACUCCUGUCAAAACGCGGACGGAACCACAAAACGAGGCAGUGAGGCCGCGUAGCCCAUUGAAGCCGUUAAACUUUUCAGCCGCAUCUUCUCGCUUUGAAGAAGGCAGCAGCCUAUUAGAAAGUAAGGCUGUAAAGCCGGCGGCAGCAGCUGAUGAAGGUGACAUAUACAAAUCACUUGGCUGGGACGAUGAUGAUUUAUGAAUUUUGCAUGGGCGGAUGGAUGGCGCUUUGGGCAUUUGCAAGGAUGGGCUCCUUUGGAAUCACAACAUAGAAAUGAUACCUAAG